CCAAGUUGGGGGCGGUGUGUGGCGGUAAAGCCUCUGGCUAUGUGAUUUAGUUUCCGUCCUUUGUACGCGAUGAACGUAUUGCGGCCGCCGGUUCUCCGUUAUAUUGGAAAACAACGUACUCUCUGCUCACGCGGCCUAAUGCUCGGCACGUCGAUACCGCCGAUUUUUUCUCACUAAACACUCAUUUUCAUUGAAAUUCAUCGGUUUUUUAAGUGAAGAAAAAAAUGUGCGUCCGUCAUCAUCAAUUAAUAUACCUUUGUGCUGGCCUAACGAUCAAAUGUGCAUAAUGUGGACGUUAUUAACCUCUUUUCUUACGGUUCUUUCGGUUUUGACGGUUACGUUUACCACUGGAUUUGCUGAAAGACGCAACUUUGAUGUCACCAGUCUGCAUACGGAAAUAAUCACCGUAAAAGCUGGAGAAAAUAAAUCACUGCCCUGUCCUGGGGUAAAUGAACACUCGUUAGUUAGCGCACUGGAAUGGUUCACUUUAACACAUCAAAUUAAGCUGGUCGAAUUUGCCUCCGACUCAACAACUGUUUGGGACCACGAGCACCGCAUAUCUCUGAUACUUGAAAAUUAUGCAUUGAAUUUUCAUCCAGCAGUGGCCGAAGAUAGUGGCGACUAUAUUUGCCUUGUAAACAGCAGACCAAAACCUGAUGGUAUUAUACGAUUUAUAGUCAAAGAUGUGCCCGACCCGCCAGGGAGGCCUCUAUUUAUGAGCUUCACGUCAAGAUCUGUGAAUUUGUCAUGGGCCCCAUCCCAACAUACCCAUUACAGCCCUAUAAUAAAUUACGUUAUUCACGUAAGGGUAGGGGAGGAAGGGGAAUGGGACGAAAUGGAUACGGUUUUAACCAAGAACAAUGAAACAAUAUAUCACAUCAAAAAUUUACACCCUUACACCGUAUACAGCUUUCGUGUUAUUGCUGUCAAUGAGCUUGGAGAAAGUCAACCAAUGCCGACGGGAAAACCGACAAUAACAACUGCCCACAAUACAUCGGCCUCAGCUAUCCACAUAAGCUGGAGGGCACCGCCUUCUGAUAUGAUUCACGGGGAAUUCUUGGGAUAUCGUAUUGCAUAUCGUCCGAGGGAUAUGGGAAACGAAGCAUUUCAAGAAGUCUACAUAAGAGACCCCAGCGUCGAGGUAAUACAUUUUUAA